AUGAAGCCAUUCUUGAUCACCGGUGCCAACGGAGGUUUAGGGUAUGCCACAGCCAAACAGCUUGCCAUCACCAGCAAAUACCCGACGUAUCCAAAGGCUGCCGCUAUCUAUAUCCGGGAACAGUUCGGUUCACUCGACAUUCUUGUCUAUAACGGCGGCAUCGAUCGAUCAUCUGAUCCCAACGCCACGCUGCGUGAUACCUACCGCGCAGUGUUCGAGACCAACAUCUUCGGGGUGGUUGUUGUAACAGAUGCCUUUCUUCCUCUUCUUCGUGCUUCCAAGUAUUCUGAUCGGCGCAUCAGCGACGUGACCAGCGGCCUCGGGCAGAUUGGGAUAGCCUACUCGCCUACCUCGGAGUAUAAUGCUAAGAUCUGGGAGCUGCCAGCCUACUGA